UCUGUGUAGUAGGUGAGGAAGGCAGAGAGAGAGAGAGAGGCCUAGACUCAAACAUCUUAGAAGGGUUGCUUUUUUGAGAAUCAGCCACUAGAAGCUUUUCGUUUUUACAAAACGAGACGGGAAAUCCAUGACAAAGUUUUCGUUGAGAACCAGAAGCUCCCAAUUGGGUCUUGACUGAAAGAAUCUCUAGGAUUUCUUAAUAAUCAACUGCACUUUAUAUACAGGUGUGACAGGCCCAGGGAAUAGAAAGUUGGCAAAUAAUAGUGAAAAAGAUAUUUCUUAAAAGAUCAAGGGCGAUCUUGCUGGGGUGGGUGACGAUGUCAUUUGCGAUGGUGCGGCCGGCCCGCAGCAGGUUUCUCUAUUCGGAUAUCAGCAUGCUGUCGGAGGACGAGGAAAACGGCAGCGAGAGCUCAGGUUCGGACGAGAAGUCCUUCUGCCUGGACGGCACAGGUUACCAGAUCAAGGUCGGCAAGAAGAGGAAGCCCAGCAGCGGGCCAGUGGUGCCAGUGAUGGCAUCUCCGGUGGGCGAGAUCCGGCAGCGAAACACCGCCAAUGCCAGGGAGAGGGACCGCACCAACAGCGUCAACAGCGCCUUCACCGCGCUGCGGACGCUCAUACCCACGGAGCCCGCGGACAGGAAGCUGUCCAAGAUUGAGACCCUGCGGCUGGCCUCCAGCUACAUCUCCCACCUGGGCAAUGUCCUGCUGGUGGGGGAAGCCUGUGGGGACGGGCAGCCUUGUCACACCUCCCCCUCCUACUACCACCACAAUGGAUCCCCCAGCCAGGACACUGAAAACUCUCAACCCAAGCAGAUCUGUACCUUCUGCCUCAGCAACCAGAGGAAAAUCAACAAAGACAAAGAAAGGAAAAUUGCACUAAGAAGCUAAUGCUGAAGGAGAAUGACAAAAGAAGCUACAGAUUUGCAAGUCAUGUACAGAAGGGACCUCCCUUUAUUCAACUGCUAUUGAUAAACUCACAGGACUGGAAUUUGGUUGUAUAUAUAUAUCCAAAUAUAUAUAUUUAUAUAUGUUAAUGCAAUGGGUUUGUUGGGUUUGUUUCUUGAAGAAGAAUUCUGAAUUGCCCAUGAAAAAUUGAUAUCUCAGAUUUUUUUUUUUUGCUAACUGCCUGUUAUUUCAUUGCCUCAUGAACCAAACAACCACAGGUAUUCCUGUUAAGCUGUGACUAAAAUGUGAACCCAAUCCAAUGAACUGGCAUCACUUAUCUUAAGCUAUCUCUUUGAAUGCCAAAUACAGAAUGUGUUGGUGUUUGAGAUGCAAGCUCACUCACAAAUAUAUUAUAAACAAAAGGCUGAUUGCCAAGAGAGGAAUUGGAGGACAAGCAGAAACAUGGCGGUGAGAGUUCAGGAUAUAGGAUUAGCGAGCCAGAAAAAAAAGACCAGACAACUGUCAUCAUUGUUGAUCAUGAUCCUCAGAGGGUACUUAGUUUCUUUGAUAGAGAAUUUGUGUCACUACUUAGAACUCUAUUCACUAAUCUAAUUGUCUAAAUCAGGAGUCCUUCGGUUGUAUUGAUAAUUCUUCAGGUAAAAAGGUCAGCAUAUUACCCUCCAACGUGCAUUGGGUGAGAGGCAGGAAUACACCCAAGACAGGUUGCCAAUCUAUCGCAGGGCAUACAUAUCAUUCACUCAAACCUAUGGGCAACUUAGAGUCUCCAAUUAGCCUACUUGCAUGUAAUUGGACUGUGGGAGGAAACCGGAAUACCUGGAGGAAACCCACAUGGGCAUGGGGAGAACAUGCAAGCUCCACACAGAAAGGCCGAACCCAGACCUUCUUUCUGUGAGGCGACAACGUGUCGGCCUCAAUACUUUCAUGGUUCCAUUAUUUCAAAUAUGCCUUGUCUCCCCUGGUUUGACAUGGCCCUGCUUGUUGGCUAGGACUUAGUGGUGUGCUUAUUAAUAUGACUGAAGGGAGAAAAUCUUUAAAUAGCUAGCUAGCAACAUGUUGUAAUAUGUGGGUAGAAAAAAAGUGGUAUAUCUGCCAUCCAUAAUUCUAGUGACCAUACUUGGAAUGUUUGAGUUAACACAGGUUUACAUAUGGUCUAAAAUAUAGGAAGGUAAAUGGGUAGCUAACAAGUGAGCUAAUGGAAAAUUAGAUUUACUUUGUAUCAGAUAGUCUAUCCAUCUCAUUUUUUAAAAUUAAAUAUAGUUAGCUGAUGUGACAAAAUACAUUUGUUCAAUGAUCAUUCCAUGCUUUCAGUGAG